UACACUUGUCAUAUUCUUGUCAAAAACUAUCCGUAGGGGAAAGUUGUCUUAAAAAUUGUAUUUCUGCAUUAUUUUCUAUAAGAAAUGGCAGAUAUGGCCUCAGAAAUACCUAUAAACAUCGAAGAUAGUGUUAAGGAAACUAUACAAAAUGUAACUGAGAAGCCUCCUUCAAGUAUUGAAGGGAUUGCGAUUGCAUAUUUAAGUUUAGUGAUAAUGGCUAUUUUACCUAUAUUUUUCGGUUCAUUUCGAUCGGUGAAAUAUCUAAACGAGCAAAAGAAAGCAGGAGAGCGUCAUGAAACAAUGUCCAACAAAGAUGCUCUGAUGUUCCCGUUGGUUGCAUCGUGUGCUCUUUUCGGACUAUAUAUUUUCUUCCAAUUCUUCUCAAAGGAGUAUAUCAAUCUGCUACUAACUGGCUACUUCUUCUUCCUUGGAGUUCUAGCAUUGAGUCAUCUGCUUAGUCCGAUCAUCUCGUUCCUGGUACCAGCUUCGAUACCAAACAUUCCAUUCCAUAUUCAUUUCACCCGUGGUGAGAGAGACAACAAACAGGAUAUCAUCAAUUACAAGUUCACAUCCUAUGAUGUGAUCUGUUUGCUCAUCUCGCUCUGUCUUGGAGCUUGGUACUUGCUUAAAAAGCACUGGAUCGCCAAUAAUCUGUUUGGAAUAGCGUUCGCCAUUAACGGUGUGGAGCUUCUGCAUCUGAACAACGUGGUGACCGGCUGCAUCCUGCUCUGCGGACUCUUCCUGUACGACAUCUUCUGGGUGUUCGGUACCAACGUCAUGGUGACCGUCGCCAAGAGCUUCGAGGCUCCCAUCAAACUGGUGUUCCCUCAAGAUUUGCUGGUAAACGGUUUGAACGCGAGCAACUUUGCCAUGCUGGGGCUGGGUGACAUCGUGGUGCCCGGCAUCUUCAUAGCUCUCCUGUUGCGCUUCGAUAAGAGCCUCAAACGGAACUCUGAGUUUUACUUCAGGGCUACGUUCAGCGCGUACAUCCUGGGCCUGUUGGCGACCAUCCUGGUGAUGCACGUGUUCAAGCACGCGCAGCCCGCGCUGCUGUACCUCGUGCCGGCCUGCCUCGCCACCCCACUGGCCUUAGCACUCCUCCGGGGGGACCUGCCCGCGCUCUUCAAGUACGAGGACCAGCCGGCGGAGCCCGAAGCCGACAAAUCUAAGAAGUCCGAAUAAAGUUCGCCCGUUAGCGAGAAGCACAACAAAAGCGCACGAUACAGACACAACUUUAUCCAUAUUUUUGUAUAGUCGCUCCGUCCUUGUCGCACGCUAACAUUCAACCAUACGUACGAGAGGGACGGGUCAUUUCAAAUUAUGUAUGUACGUAUUGUACGAAACUUAACCUCGUGGGGGUGCAUUUUACUCAAAGCGGCGUCUGACAUUCGCCGAAUCGGCUGUUUCAAUAAUAUGACAACUAGGUGACAUAUUGACAGAUGUCACUUUAUAAUGCCCCGCUGACCAAAAUUUAUUUGCGUAUAACUUGACUAGUCUUUUAACAACACUAUUACCCAAUGAUUUUUUUCUUCCAAUUUCUUAUGUUUUUCUAAUACACGAAAGAGUUUAGGAAUAUUAUUGAAAAAGCCGAUUUCCUUUUCGAAAAUUGUAUAUGUAAAUAUUGGUGUUGUGAAUUUUUCUAUAUGAAAUAAUAAAUAGCGUUUUUGACAAUUAGUUUUAUUGUUUAUAUUUUCUUGUGUCUUGACAGCAAACUAACAUUAUUUUCAUAAUAAUGUCUUUUUUUUAACUCGCCCUAAAUUAAGUGUUGUCAUUUUAAUACAAAUUUAAAAUCAAAUAUUUACACGACCACAUCAAAACGUUGAAACGAUGUACUUAUCGCGGAGCUGCAAAUAAAACUCAAUGUCAAAAGCGCCAUAGAAUAGUCACGGUAAGAUAAUUACCUACUUAAUUUAGAAGGGUAUUUUCUUCCUAAAAUUCUUCCUUUGGAACGUACGAAAAGAUUUUUUUGUUAAUAAAGAUUAAUUUAGCAUAAAGUUUUAUUAUAAAAUCGAAGAUUCUAGA